AAAGGCUCGUAGUCCUCCACGUCUCUCUUCGCAUCGCAUCACAUUACUCCAAACGCAGCUCAGCCGUGUCCUCCAUACCUCAAAUCCCAUACAGCAACAACCUGAAUCUGCAAAAUCCCUCAGGUCCCAUUACGCAAAAACUUCCAGAACCCUCUCUCUCUCUCUCUCUCUCUCUCUCUCUACACUGUGACAUAAACAAUGGCAAACAAAGAGAUGGAAGUGGUGAAGGGGCUAGACAUAAAUAGGUACAUGGGGAGGUGGUACGAGAUAGCCUCAUUCCCAUCAAGUUUCCAGCCCAAGAAUGGAGUGAAUACAAGGGCUACAUACACUUUGAGAGAAGAUGGGACAGUGCAUGUGCUGAAUGAGACCUGGAAUGAUGGCAAAAGAGGCUACAUAGAGGGCACUGCAUACAAGGCUGAUACCAACAGCGAUGAAGCUAAGCUCAAAGUCAAGUUCUAUGUGCCACCAUUCCUGCCCAUCAUCCCUGUGGUGGGUGACUACUGGGUUUUGUUCCUUGAUGAUGACUAUCAGUUUGCCUUGAUUGGCCAGCCUGCCAGGAAGUCUCUCUGGAUAUUAUGCAGGCAAACCCAUCUGGAAGAGGAGAUAUACAAUCAGCUAGUUCAAAGGGCAAGAGAUGAGGGGUAUGAUGUGAGCAAGCUCAAGAAGACCCCACAGAGUGAACCUCCACCAGAGGGAGAAGGCCCUAAUGACACCAAAGGCAUCUGGUGGAUUAAAUCAAUUUUUGGGAAAUAGGGCAAUAUGUGCUUACUCUGUUUAACUUUCAAUAAAAUAAAAGAUCAAAAGACCCUGAUAGCACCAUCCAGAUUCCAGAUUUGGAUAUAUCGUGUUGAUUUGCUUGUUUUGUACAGUAAGUAUAUGUUUGGGGAAGUUGGGCUAUGGAUUAUGUAGUUUAAGAUCUGUGAAAUAUCAGCAAUAAAACCUCUCAUCUGAGACAUUUUCAGUUUGUUUUUGCUGUAAA